CAGGAGCGACGGCGAAUAUGAAGCUCACGAUCUUGUCCCUCCUCACGUUGGCGACCAACGCCGUCGUUGGCCAAGAGGCUAAGCUCCCAAGCUCCGACCCACUCACGGUCCGAACCGCCACAGGCACCUUCACGGGGCUCAUCGAUCCCGAGUUUCCAAACACCCGCCAAUUUCGCGCCAUUCCGUUUGCGAAGCCACCCGUGCUGUCGCGCCGCUGGCUACCUCCGGAGAGGCUGCCGCCAUCGAAUGAGCAUAGCAAUACGACGCAGUUUCCGCCGUCGUGUCCACAGUUUGUAUCAGCGGUACCCAUGUUUUAUAAUUCGGACCUGACCAGGGGUAACACAAUCUACAACCCUAACCCUAACGGCGACCAGAACGACACGUCAGGGCUGGUUGGGACGGCUACUUCUGAGGACUGUUUAUACCUGGCGGUGUGGGCGCCGCAGGUAACGGCGCCGCGUCCUAAUGCCGGGCUCCCUGUCCUCUUCUUCAUGACUGGGGGCGGAUUUAUAAUAGGUGGUAUCGACAUCCCGUGGCAGAUGCCGACGUCAUGGGUCGAGCGGUCGCAGUCGCACAUUGUCGUCACUAUCAACUAUCGACUUAAUAUCUUCGGCUUCCCCUACGCGCGCGGGCUGGCGAACGGCCACCAGAACCUCGGCAUCCUCGACCAGCGCGCUGCACUGGAAUGGGUCCGCGAUAACAUUGCGGCCUUCGGCGGCAACCCGAGCCGUAUCACACAGAUGGGCCGGUCCGCUGGAGCCGUCAGCGCUGAUGUCCAUGCCUAUGCUUUCCCCGAGGACCCAAUCGCGCAAGCCUACUACAUGCAAUCGGGGACAAUCAUGGGUGCCAAUAUUCAGGCCAAGGAUUCGACAUAUUCCAACUUCACGUUCGUAGCGCGUCACUUUGGGUGUGAGAACCCCGGUAGCGACGAGGACGGGGCAACGGAGCUUGAUUGCAUGCGUGGGGUAUCGUUUAAGGAUAUAGUAAAUUUCAUCGGACAGUAUGGCGAUCGGGGCGAGACGCCCGCGCUAAGAUUUAGCUUGGUUCCCGAUGAUCGCAUCGUGUUUACCAACUAUAAAGAGCGAGCAGAGGCAGGUAAUAUUGCACGCCUGCCGGUUAUGAUCUCGAAUACCGCUAAUGAGGCGUCGGCAACUUUCUGGCAACCAAACAUAACCACUAGCCCAGACCAAUCGAUUAUCACCGCCUUAGACAUUGCGGUGAUGGUAUGUCCGACGUUCAACUCGACCGUGUACCGGAAUCGGAUGGGUGCGGACGUGCCCGUCUUCCGUUUCCAGCACGCUGGCACGUUUCCCAAUCUAAACUAUUACACGUGGCUCGGAGCAUACCAUGCCAGUGACAUACCGAUAACCUUCGGGACAUAUCAACUUCUAGACCAUGUAGCAAACACUACCCAGUUCGAAAUUGACGUCAGCUUGUCAAUGCAGGACCAUAUUCUUGCCUUCGUUAAGGACCCGUAUAAUGGCCCACAGAGGACGAUGGGAUGGAAACCAAUGAUUGCCAGUGAUCCGAACGGGGGAGAUCUCAUCCGCUUUGGCGCCCAAGGCAUCGUAUCGCAGCACAUCGAUGGUGUCGAGGUAGAUGGAGUGUGUCUGGGAUUACGAGAAUACGACCCGUUCCCGUGAGGAGUAUUAAUCCGUAAGAUCCAUACCUCGAUAUUAUCCCGAAUGCCGGCCCGGGCCGCCGAGGGGAUUUCACAACGUACGGGUCCUGGAGGCUAGUCCCUAAGUGGUUAGUGUUUUUUCACAACGUCAACAGUGGCAGUAGAUAUGUUAUACUGUACAGU